AUGGCCGCCUUGCGAGUGGUUCAGGUGACGGUGCCACCAGCUGCGCAGCGCGGAACUACCGCCACCCUUCACUGCUACUACGAAAUGGACGGCGAAAGUUUGUACGCGGUCAAAUGGUACAAGGGCCGACGAGAGUUCUACCGCUACACGCCGAAGGAAAGCCCGCCGAUGAAAAUUUUCCCCGUCCCGGGGGUGCAAGUCAAGCGCUCAGCCUCGAACGAGAGUCAACUGACGCUGCUGGGACUUGUGUUUCAGUCGUCCGGGAAGUACAGCUGCGAGGUCUCCGCCGAUGCACCCUCGUUCCACACCAUGAUCGUAACCGGCGACCUCGAAGUAUGCGAGGUACCGAAGCAUGAGCCCUCGAUUCAUGGGAUGCGUUCACGCUAUCGUGUCGGGGACAUCAUCCGUGGAAACUGCACGUCCCACAACUCGCGCCCACCGGCCAAUCUCACCUGGUUCAUCAACGAGCAGCAGGUUAAUCCGUCCUACAUACGGACGCACAGGCCGUACCGGGAGCGUAAGACCGAUUUGGAGACAUCGCUCGCCGGCAUACACUUCGUCGCCGGUAGCCACCAUUUCCUGAACGGGAAGCUAAAGAUCCGCUGCAUGGCGAAAAUACACGACAUCUAUCAGAAGUCGACGGAGCGUUCGAUCGACGAGGAUCGGCCGCGCGUCAUUUCGGCGGCAUCGUCCGCGAACAGCAACGGCAACGGGGCGAGCGUGAACGCCAUCCCGUACGACCAUUUUCCACCGUACGCCGAGAACGAGCUCGAUCGGAAAGAUUACAUGACGCAUCGGCAAGGCGACAUAGCAUCCUCGGGAGCGGCUCCCGCCGGACCGAUCCAUCGACUUCCGACGACAUCAAUCAAUCACCUCAGCCGGACACUGCUGUCGCUCCUGCCGUCGAUCCUGCCGGCCGCUCAUCGAGUGCUCGGCUCGGUCGUCAGUCAACUGUCGGCGUUCCGGGCGUCGGCCACGGUCGGGGCAUGAUUCCGGCGAGCCGAUGAGCGUACCGUCGCAGGGCGGCAUCGAUGGAC